AUGCUGCACCCGCCCCUCUCCUCCCCACCCCAAACUGCGGAGACGACCAUCUCAGCCUUCACAGCAUCGACAAUCUCUUCAAAACUCUCCUUCUCCAACACCGCUCUCACCACACCCGAUCUGGGAAGCCCUACAAAACAAAAGGCGACCCUGGAACCCCUCUUGCAGGUGGUUGAGCGACCCGAAGAAGAAUCGUCUCGCGCGGGCACGCCGAGUGAUGGAGGCAGUGUGAGAAGCGCCGGGUACGAUCAAAAGUCGCAAAGUAGCGAGACAAGAGGGCUCGGUAUCAGUGGAGGAAGAAAGGUAAAAGAUGUGGCGAGCAGAUUCGAGCAGAUGCGGUCAGGACAUACGCCAUCGCCAACACCACAUGAGCGACGCCCCUUGACCGGACCGAGACGUCUGCCAACAAGGCCGGCAUCGCCCCUUGUAACUCUUCCAGAGCCAUUCAAGAAGAAAGGGAUGUCUUCUCCAUUGCAUUCGAGCUCGCCUGUCAGACCUCCCAUACAUCGAAAGAACGAAUCAAAGAUGUCAAAGGAGAGUCCUUAUUCGGGCCAGCGCCGUACGCCUCUGUCGGUCCACACGGAGUCGAAUCGAAUGGAUUCUGUGUCUUCCAUGCCUGUGCCCUCUCCUCUAUCACCCGCAUCAACACUCCGGCCGCCUACGUAUCGUACUGACGACUCCGGGAUGGUGAGAGAGAAUGUCCACUUGGGUAGUAGGCGUAUGCCUUUGUCUAUCCAUACCGAACCGACUAGGGUGCUUUCAUCGUCUUCUAUGGCCACCACGCGACCGAUCGCAUCUACAACCACCUCACGGGCUACAGAAAACUUUCCCAUUGCACCCAGCAGGCGACUUCCUAUCCCUGCAUCAUUCUUAGACGCUCCACCCACUCGCAAUACUCCUGAUCAUGCGCCCAAAGAAACACCUACCAGACUCAAACGAGAACGUGGCUCGACAAAAAAAAUGAUUCAGAAAUGGGAAACGCAAACAACCAUCAGCCCUACGCAGGCAGAGAGUCUACAGAAUGCCCAGGGUCUGUUCACCCGAGACUAUCUCGACAAAAAGCCUCUUCCUUCGCCCUACCCAAACUCCCCCAUAAAUACUCCUCCGAGAGUACCACCGACGUUUACACCCUCGAAAUCAUUACGAGAUCCGCCACCUCCAUUAGCUGAUGGCCUCAGCACAUCCCCAAGCUGGCUCCGCACCCCAAUACGGUCCACCCAUAAACACGGCGACAGCUUAGCUGUAUCUCCCUCGCGGUCACAAUACUGUCUUUCUGAAAGUCCGACAGGAAAGAAGCAAAAGGUUUCGCCGUUGAGAGCAGUUUCAAACUUUUUGGGAAAGAAGAAGGGGAAAGGAAAGGAGAGGGAGACUCGGAGAGAUUACGGGGACAUAGGGGUAAUUAGUGAAGGUGAAGGGCGAUUCGGGCUUGUCCCACAGAGAGAUAGAAUGGGUUCUGCAGAGAUGAGGCGAUCGGCGGACUUUAAGCCCACGAUACGGUCAAAUCCUGUCAUCUGGCUCAUUGAGACUCCCUACAUGCCUAGCUCGCCAUGGGGCGACUGGCUCCCGUCUUGGGCUCACCUCACUUCCGACUCCCUCUCAGUGACCUACUGUCCAGUCUUCUCGACCCCUCGCAACGCCCAUUCUGGCACUGCCAGUCGAAUAUCCAACAACAAAUCUUCGACGAAGAGCGUACCAUUCUCUGCCAUCACCCCGCCUCCGCUCGACACACCAGCAGACAAAGUCCUCCAUGUCAUGAAUUGUCUGGAUAUCAAGUCGUUGAAAAAGGAUGAUUUGAAGGCGAGGGGGGUGCCGUUGGCGCCAGAUGGCAAUGGGGGAGAGGUGUUGGAGAUUGUCUGGGAAAAUGAAGUCAGGAGUUAUCUUGCUGUGGAAGGGGUGGAUGGGCGAAAUGCGUGGCUAGCUGCCAUUCGUGGUAUCAUUCCUCGUACUCCGAUUCUACCACCCAUAACACCUGCCGAAACACCCUUCGCAACCAUAUCCUCCCCACUCCGCCAAGCCAGCCUACCGAAAGUGCCGUCACAUCGCCCAUCAGUUGGGACACUACAUGGGGGCGAGACCGGGUUCGGAUCACUCCAACUAGUAGAGAACGAAUGGGUAGCUUCGCGGCCUCUAUCUGGACCAUUAUCCGGGUAUGGCAGCAGCGAACAUGGUUCGCCGAGGCGUCCUUUGCCUGUGCCUGGGCCGGUCAAAGAAGAUUCUCCACUGAGGAAUAGCAUCACGAGGAUGUUUAGUGAGCGCAAGUUUGAUACUCAAGAAAAGGAACAAGCGAAGCUCGAAGACGUGUUUGGUAUGGACGAGACGCCCAUGGACAUUCCAAAGCCGUUCUCCCACGAAAAGCAGCGCUCGUCUUCACAAUCCUCCGAGGUCUCACAACGUAUAAUCGACUGGCAGACUCCUGUCCAGACCGAACGCGAUCUCUCGGUAUUUGCUCGCAGUCGACUGCCACCCAUUCCCACAACCGAACCUUUCUACCCACACAUAGAUGAAGAGGACUCGGGGGAGCAUCUCGAUAUCCCGCCGUCGGAGACGAUGUUGAGUUUCGACUCGGAUGAUCUCAAUCCUUCCAGGAGCGCGAGUCAGGUGGGAAGGGCCGAUACUGUCAUUGAUGGCGAUGGCGACGAAGCGGAGCAGGAGCGAGAGAAGGCCAAUGGGGACGUCAAGUCUAGAGCUGCGAUGUGGGAGUCUCAGACGACAGAGAAAGACUCGUCUUACAUCAGCAGAGUCGCCUUUCCCAAACCCAACUUCGACUCACCGUCCUCCAAGGCUAAAGUGUACACAGUGGGUUUGGUCGAACACGAUAUGCCGACGCCGCUGUUCUUUGGAAAAGGGGGCGAGAAUGAUAUGGCGGGUGCUGGAGCAUCUCCCUCGAGGACGAUGCAGCUCGCCCUUCAGGAUCUACCUCCCGCUCGACCCAUCUCGGAAUUUAUGACGAAGCCUCUUAAUAUCCACAAGGAGGGCCCCGCAGACUCGAGUACAGAUACACUGGUCAACACACCCGGCAGUCCUCGAACGAUCGUUUUGGGCAACCUGCCUCCUCCAGCAGACGUGUCCAGAGUAAACACCCCUUCCUCUCGCGGGUCCAGUAUGGACAGUCCUAUUACCAUCGUUCCUUUGGAGAAGAACAUUGUGCAUCAGACGAUGAAUGUCCCCCGCCGAGGACCUAGACCUAUAUCGACAAGUACCUUUGGUCGGCGUGUAUCUUCUGGCGGCAAACCGUCUCCCCACUCUGCAGAUCAACAAACGACCCCGCCAGCAAGAGUCGUCACCCCAGCCAUGGUCGCCCAACCAUCGACGUCCCGAGAUCUUGCGAUGGGGGCCGUCUCUAGUCCUAGCCCAGCGUCUGCUUCUGAUAGUCUCCCCAGCAGGGGAAAGAGCAGGAGAUCACUACUCAAUCUCCCUGUACCGAGUCUACGCUCAAGCAGCCCGAGCUCGCUGGCUUCCGAAGACAGUGUCGUCGCACCAAAAUCUGUCAGAUCAGAGCUUUUCGGUGCAAGUGUGGCUGACCUCAUCAGGAGAGGGGAUACACCGUCCACUCCCUCUCCGUUGUCGAGGCCGUCAUCCGCCAGACCGGCUAGUGCGAUCAGUCGACCGAGCAGUACAUUGGCGAGGCAGGGGAGUGGGAUAAAGGGUCAAGCGGGGCCUGUAAAGGUUUUGACAGCGCUCUUCGAGCCAGCGACUUCUUCAGACGCGCCGGUGGUCAACAGCAGGCCUUCAAGUCGAUCCAGUGGAUAUGUCAAGAAAGACAUGGCUACCACGGAGACAGAAGCUCCCAAAGUCGUACCUACGGCUGAAGAUCAGUAUACCGCCAGAAAUGAAAGAUGGGAGGAGCCGAUCGGUUCAAUCUCACUGCCAGGGAGGGUUCCUCGUGGUAUACAUCGGCCUGCCACGACUGUUCCAGCCUUGCUCGGAGCAGACCCAGGCAAGGGUGCCUUUGUCGCGGCCGACCUUGACCAAGUGCCUCCUCUCCCCACUAAAGACGGCUCAUCACCUACUUCUGAGCUGGUACUUGCCCAGAUGCAGGUGCUCACAGACCGCACACGGGAGAUGUCUGAUCCGGCGACCGCUCCAUACCCCACAGCGUUGCGAGAGAAGCUUGGCGCUCUGCAUCAAGAUCUAGACUUGGUCAAAGGCUUGGUCACGCCUGCCCCCAUUACGGAGACCACGGUGGUGGAAGCCGUACAUCUGCAGGAUAAGGACGUAGAGCCCAAUGCGAGUGCUAUGGAUCUCAGCCGAGUGUACACACACCUGGAGAAUCUGGAAGGGCGUACUUCAACGCUGGUUGAUUCCGAGACUGCCCCUUAUCCCCGGGCGUUGGAGGCGAGGCUCAACGGCUUAUACGAAGAGUUGGCGGCUGUCAGAAGGUUGAUCGAAGAAGAGAGGUUACAACAGCCCCAGGCAGUGUACAUGGCAGAUGUGCCCCUUCGGUCCCGUCACAUGCCGGGCGGGAACCUUCCUUAUGCCGGAGCCGCGUUCAGCGCUCAACCCCAGCGAGGGUAUGACGAAGGUACGGCCACUGUGGCCAAACACGACGUCCCAGUCACCAGCCAGCUAGAGAACGACGUACCGGGCGAGGGAGAAGCUGCGAAGUUCUACAAGAGCCUUCCCGAACCACCGAUGGAAGAACACAGUUCUAAAGCUAUCAACAAUACUCCAACCCGUUAUUCACAUGCUUCUGGAGCGUUCAACAUCCCGCGACGUGCUGUGCCUUCCUCAGCGCCUACACCCAAAGCUGCCACGCAGGCCCAGAACAUCCCCAACACACCAGCGGCUGUAGCUCCUGCAAGUCCUGCAGCCUCUGCCCAUGAUGCGACAGGGCUUCUUCCCGCUGCCAAGGUGACGGAGCCAGCAGAGGUCAAGAAUAUGACUGUUUCCACCGGCGGUGACCUUCAAGCGGAGGACUCGGAUGCCAUCAUGGCCGGCGACGUCCCUGCCCCACCUCAUCGUAUCCUGAACGUGACGGAUCGUCCUCGCCAGAGAGGACCUUCUCCUGACUCUCGUCCUCGUCCUGCCACCCUCAAUAUGCCCGCUCCCCUGGCUCGUCAACUUACAGUCAGAGAACCGUCUGUGGAUGGGCAGCACCCAGAGCCUGAUGUCACUGCCCGCUCAGUCACGACGGGGGACAUUCUUACACCAACUGCCUCGCAUCCGCCUACUAUCGCAGAGCAGAAUGACAAAGUCAACGGGCGCCCAGGGAGUGCAGCUACCAUUGCGAUGCCUGUACCUUAUUCCCCCAGGCCAGUCGCUCAGCCAGAUAUGUCAGAGAUCCACAAGAAACUUGACGCUCUCACAGCUCUAUACACCCAGUUCGUUGGUACUCAGAAGGGCGCUCCCGUCCCGGAUACUGCUGCUCCUAGCGACGAGACGCGAAAGGUCGAGACAAAUCCAGUCGACCAGGGUGUGACGGGCGCGAUAGACAACGACAGAAACCCCGGCCUUGAAGCGGGCGACGUACACGACAAACCGUCUCUUCCAAGACUAUUGACAGUGAUGCGAAGAGCUGUCGAGACACCCGUUGCCGACAAGCCAAAGGAAAACUCUUCCAAGAAAGACAAGCCAGACGCAAAAGCUGUUGAAAGUGAAACCCCGAAGGCGGAGCCUUCGACCAAAGAGCUUGGUGACGCCAAAACGUCUGGUGACAAGGCCGCCCCGACAACAACGGCGGGUGAAGCCAACGUCCGAGAAUCAGAGCCCAAGGCUGUUGAGCACGACGAGGCCGCUGCUGCUGAGGAAGUAGCCAAGAUCAUGGGUAAUGAGGAUGGUGAGAACAAGAUUCUCAAGCAACAAGAUGUUCAUAUCAUCAGUACAACACCCCCUGCCAAAGACUCUGCAGCAGACCCUCCAACUUCGAUUGCCCCGGCUAUUCCUGAGGAGACUUUGAAGCAGAUGGACGAGGCCAUGGAGAUGUUGAAGGGCUUGAACGAAGCGAAGGAUAGUCAGAAGAUUCAGGCUGCCGAUAUGGGCAAAUACUUGGGCGAGCUCAACGCAUGGCUCGAGAAGUUUGUCACGGGUUCUUCUGGCCAUCUGCAGCAGAUGUCUGGUCGACUUGAUACUUUGUUCGGUCCCGAACCUGAUCAGGCUGGAGACGCUCCAACUGGUUUACCAGCGCUCAUCGCAGAUAUGCACAAGAUGCUGGUGGACCAGCAGGGACGUAACGAGGCGGAGGGGUUUAUGGGGCAGAGGCUGGACUCUCUGGUCUCCAUGAUGGGACAUGAUCAAAAGAGACAGGCGGUUCAAGAGGCCGCAACGGGUCAAAUUCUGCAUGUGUUGGAAAAGCAGAGACAAGAUCAUGAGAUACUUUUGAGAGCCAUUGCUACCGAUUUGACGGAAGAGAUCAGAGGCGAGAAGAUGAAGUUCCUCGAGUCGAUGCAAAAGGCCACUACAGUCAACGUCAUGAUGCACAUUGAAGAAUUCAAGAGACUCUUGAACGUCGAAGUCAACAAGUCUAUGGGCGAGCUCGGGAAAGUGAGGGAAGAGAAGCGUGCUCUAGAGCAACAGAUUGCCGACUUGUUUGCGCUCAAGGCAAAGCACGGUUUCGAGCCGAGAGGUUUACCCGCUACCCCUGCGGCCAAAUCUGACAAGGCGGCUGCCAAGCCCCCGCCCCCGCCUCCGAAUCACCCGUGA